AUGGCCAAGCACGCGCUCUCUGAGCACACCGACAGCGACCACGCGCACUCAGAGUCGUCCCCGAAGCGCCGUCGCACCGCCUCGCCCCUCCCUCGCUCGACCCCGCCUCGCGACCGCAACGGCGACGUCGACUUCGACCCAGGCGCGCAGGACGACGACGACGAUGACGACGAGGACGCCGACAUGUCUGACGACGAGGAGACGCGCCGCCAGGUCGCCCGCUUGCAGCAGACGCAGAGCUCACGCCCUUCGAAGAUCGCAGAAGCCGGCGUCAUCCAGCAGUGUCACGCCCACACGACCGUCAACUUUGGCCCGCAGGUCAACUUCCUCAUCGGUGUCAACGGCUCGGGCAAGUCGGCCAUCCUGACGGGCAUCACCAUGGCGCUCGGCGGCAACGCAAAGGCGACUAACCGCGGCGGAAAAGGUGGCGACCUCAUCAUGGAGGGCAAGGCGUCCGCUCGCUGCGCGGUCACGCUCGCCAACAAGGGCGAGGAGGCGUACCAGCACCACAUCUACGGCGACUCGAUCACGAUCGAGCGCACGCUCAACAAGACGGGCGGCACGUACAAGAUCAAGAACCACGAGGGCAAGACGGUCGACAACAAGAAGGCGACGCUCGACUCGAUCCUCGACUCGUUCAACAUCCAGGUCGACAACCCGAUGACGGUCCUCACCCAGGACCAGUCGCGCCAGUUCCUCGCGUCGGCGUCGCCCAAGGACAAGUACACCUUCUUCCUGCGCGGCACGCAGCUCGCGCAGCUCACCGAGGAGUACGAGCAGAUCCGCAGCAACACCGAGACGAUGGAGGACGCGCUCGGGCGCAAGCAGGAGGUCCUUCCCGAGCUCAAGGACGCCUACCGUCAAGCCCGAGAGCGCGCUCACGACGCGAGGGCGGCCAUCGAGCAGCAGGGCAGCCUCACGACCCUCAAGAACCAGCUCGCGUGGUCGUUCGUCGACGAGAUCCAGGAGCGCAUCACGUUGGGCGAGAACGUGGUCGAGAAGGAGCGCGCCGACCUCGCCCAGUGCGAGGCAGAACUCGCCGAGUGGGAGACCAAGAUCGCGGCCGCCGACACGCAGAUCAGCGACCUGCGCGACGUCGACCAGGACAUGCAGGCCAUCGUCGCCGAGCUGCGUCCGCAGGCCGCCGAGCUCGAGUCGAAGAUCAAGGGCGAGCGCGAGCGGGUCCGCAAGUGGAAGGACUUUGAGCGCCAGAUGAGCCAGACGGUGUCGCGCCUCAAGGAGACGAUCGCCGACUUUGAGCGCCAGAUCCAGGCCGAGGAGACCAAGCUGUCGCGCGACCUCGAGGCCGAGCGCCGCCCUCUGCGCGACAAGAUCGACCAGGCCAACGCCGAGAUUGUCGAGCUCGCCGCGCGCAUCCAGGAGUCGCGCCGCACUGCCGACGACGCGGCCGGGCUCCUCCUCGGCAUCACCGGCGAGUACGACAACAUCCGCUCGGCGAUCGAGGCGGCGCGCAAGAAGGUCGACGACGUCCAGGGCCGGAUCCACUUUACGCGCCGGACGGCGACCAACAACAUCCUCGCGUACGGCGACAGGACGCCCGACUUUCUCAGGGCCAUCAACCAGGAGCGUGGCUGGCGCGAGAAGCCGAUCGGGCCCAUCGGUACCUUCGUCAAGCUCGACCACGAGGAGUACGCCGCCGUCCUCGAGUCGUUCUUCGGCGCGACGCUCAACGCCUACAUCUGCACCUACCACGACGACGCGACGCGCUUGCGCCGCAUGCACCGCACCUACAACCUCGACCACAACACGCCGAUCAUCACGCAGUCCUUUGACGCAACCGCUGCGGCCGACAUGGCGAGCAGGCAGCCCGACAACUCGAUCUUGACUAUCCUCCGAGCCUGCACCAUCACGCACCCGCUCGUCCUGCAAGCUCUCGUCGUCAGCAGCCGCAUCGAGCGCGCCGCGCUCGUGCCCUUCCGCCCGGACGGCGACACGCUCAUGCGCACCAACCCGUCCAACGUCGACGCCGCCUACUCGGCCGAGUCGUUCCGCAUGUCGAUCAACCAGGGGAGGUCGGCGACGAGCACGAUGAAGAACUGGACCGGCGGUCCGAGGCUUCAGCAAGACGUGACGGGUGUUCUGCGGCGCCUCGACGAGGAGCUCGCCGCCGCCCGCGCCGAGCUGCAGCACCACGAGCAGGAGAAGGUGUCCAAGAGCCAGGAGGGCAAGGCGGCGCAGGCGCGCAAGAAGCAGGCCGAGGACGACCUCAAGCGGGCCCAGAACCGGACGCAUCAGCUCAACCGCGUCAUCAGCGACUGUACGGCCAAGCUCGAGGAGGAGCAGCCGAACAACAUCGCCGCCCUGCAGGAGAACAAGCGCGAGAGCCAGGAGGAGCUCGACAACGCGAUCGCCCAGUUCACGGCCGGCGCCGAGGCGAACGAGCGCGACGCGGUCGACUCGGAGGCGCAGGAGGCGGUCGAGGCCAAGGUCCGGCUCGAGGCCAAGAUCAAGAAGAACGAGAACCUCAUCGCGCAGACGGCUAAAGCGCUCGACAAACAGAUUGCCGAGAUCCAGAACUGCAAGGUCAAGAUCGAGCAGGUGCACAAGACGAUGGCGGGCGUCAAGCGCAAGGUCGAGACGUACACGCAAGCGGUCGUCGACGCCAAGGCGCUCUGCGAGGAGCGCACGGAGCAGGCGAGCGCCGUCUGCGAGCGGCCGCCGGCGGGCAAGCACAAGGAGUCGAAGAAGCUGCAGAAGGAGAUCGAGACGGUCGAGCGGGCGCUCAAGGAGCGCGAGAAGCGGCAAGGCGCCUCGAUCGAGCAGAUCCUCGAGGAGCUCGAGAUCCGCAAGAAGGUGGCGACGGACGCGGUGCGGCAGGUCAACGAGCUGGCGAACCUCGUCGGGGCGCUCAAGGAGGCCUACAACACGCGCAUCGGCCGCUGGGCCGACUUCCGCUCGCACCUCGUCAUGCGCGCCAGGACCCAGUUCAAGGUCCACCUGUCGAACCGUGGCUUUGACGGCAACCUCAAGUUCAGCCACGAGGACACGGCGCUCACCAUCAGCAUCCGCACCGAGGAGGAGGGCCAGGACGGCAAGAAGGCCAAGCGCAAGGACACCAAGAGCCUGUCGGGCGGCGAGAAGUCGUUCUCGACCAUCUGCCUCCUCCUCACCCUGUGGGAGAGCGUCGGCUGCCCUGUGCGCUGCCUCGACGAGUUUGACGUCUUCAUGGACGCCGUCAACCGCCGCAUCGCCAUGAAGAUGAUGAUCGACACGGCCAAGACGGCCAACCGGACGCAGUUCAUCCUCAUCACGCCGCAAGAGAUGAGCAGCAUCAAGUGGGGCGACGAGGUCAAGGUGAUCAAGCUCGAGGACCCCAAGCGCUCGCAGGGUGCCCUCGCUCGCGGUCGUUGAGCUCUCUCCCCUCCCUCUCCUCUCCCUUCUUCGCUUGUCGCACGACGACCAUGUUGUCCUCGGUUCUGUGCCCUCUGUACGCUAUGCAACCCGAGCAGUGCCAGCUUUCCUCU